UAAGAUCGCGUCCAGAGAUUGACACAGCUUGACCACGUUCUUCCCCGGAAAAUUCUCCAACAAACAAUUCGCCCACCCUCCCUCCACCCUCAUAAACUCUCCUCAUUAAUUGAGAAAACCAAAGGAAAGAAGCGAAGAGAAGACUGAUACUAUUACGCAACCAUGGGCAACGAAGCAUCAUCAAUGGAAGAAAUCAGCCGCGGCGGACUGAAGCGCACCAACUCGGCUCCAUCACUCACGGCUAGUGUCUCGUCCAUGCCAUCGCUAAUGGGUAGCAUCCGAGACCUUCACUUUGACGACUUGGGGCAUCCAACCGACCAUUCGGAAUUGACCAUGUCGGAUCGGAGCAGAUCCUCUCUGGGAAGUUCCUUCAGUAGGCUGUGCGCCUCACCAUCACAACUCACUGCCAAUGGUGCGGAUGAAGACGAAUCUGGCACUGAUGAGCGAAGACGACGAAGGAGGAGAAAGAACAGAGCUUCCACAGGAGAUCCAAGAAAAGACGGGCGAAGGAGGAGCAACAGCAGCAGCAGGCUCAGCAGGUCUCUGAAUAGCACAUUUGUACCCAAGCCUGAUCUUACAACAGAGUUCGUUGCAACAGGGGAGUUCCUGGAGAAACUUAUGGAGACACCUGAAGGGAGGGCCAAGCUGAAGAGUGCAUUCAUGGACAAGAAACUACUACAAAAGGUGGGACGAUAGAACCCAGCUGGUUGUUUCUUUGUUUGGUUGUUUCUUGACCCUGCUAGCUAGCUACUACAUGAUCAUGGCAUGAUGUGGUGUGGUCCUCAUUGAAUGGGCGACUAGAAAACUGAAGAGCUCAUUACACUAUGUAGCGCGCAGUAUUAUACAUAUUUAAAAAACUUUUAGCUUUU